AUGACACCAUUAUACACUAAAAGAUUCACACCCUGGUCCACAGAGCUGAUACCGUCGUCCAGUUCAUCAAGCACCACCACUAUCGCGUCUCGAAGCUCGGAGUACAAGCUCUCAAAAUGUCCCAUAGGAGAAGGUUCAUACUCAGUGGUUUAUGCUUGCAAGAACAAAUACAAUGGGCACCGGUAUGCUGCCAAAAAGUACAACAAAGGGUUAACUUAUGGAUUGGAACUGCUACUACAGGGCGAAUUUGAGAUUUUGAGCCAAGUAUCCAUGUCACAUCUUCAUAUCCUACUGUUGUUUGACUACUUUGAAACCAGCCACAGCUUCUAUUUUGUAACAGACUUAGCAGAGGGUGGUGACUUGUUCAAUAAAAUUGUCUAUGAUUCGCCUAGUGGUAAACUUGACAUAACUAUCUCGAAAGAAAUUGUCACUCAGUUGGUAUCUGCCGUGUCAUUCCUACAUUCCAACUCAAUCAUACACAGAGAUAUAAAACCAGAGAAUAUUUUGUUUCCACUGAAAGAGUCCAACGACAUAUUGCUUGGUGAUUUUGGCUUAGCACGCGUGCUAAAACCACAACAGCGGCUACAUGAUGUUUCUGGGACUUUGAGCUAUAUGGCACCCGAAAUGUUUAAUAGGGAAGUGGGAUACAGUUUCCCAGUUGAUGUUUGGGCUAUUGGCGUGUCCUUGUGCUUUAUGUUGUCCGGAUAUUUACCGUUUGAUUGUGAAACAGAUGACGAAACAAAGGAUGCCAUCGUCAAUAAAAAGUACUUGUUUGUACCGCAAGACUAUUGGAUUGAUAUCCCAGAAUCGGCCAAAAAUUUUAUACUAUCGUGCUUUGAAACGAAUCCUGAACAGAGGCCGUCGCUGAAAGAAUUAGGUAAACAUGAUUUCUUGUACAAUGACACCGCUAGAUCAAUAGGUGGGAAAGAUGGCACCUCUUCAAGCACAUUUGCAGCACAGAAGGCGGAAAUACAUCAAAUAUUUCAAAAAGUGUCUAAGCAAGAUCAGACCAGGAAAGACAUAUCAAAUUUGAACUCACCAGUAAUAUACCACGAAAUGGACGAUGAUGUUGUAGCGAGAGGAGCAUUUUGCUUAACUCCAGAAUGCGUUACUGAAUUGAGUACUCCAAUAACUUCCACGUGCCCAUCACGCGAGCAGUCUUGGUUGCAACUAAAGAAACUGAAGGAUAAUAUGUCAAACAAUGCAGAAGGUGGAUUGCGUGUUGCUGAAUGCCAUAAUCGGUCUCCUGCUAAGUUUUCCAUCUGA